UUAUAGUUUUUCAAAAUUGUUCACUGCAUCACGUACAAAAAAGUGCAUUACAACGGUAGGAGACAAAUUAACUAUGUGAAAAACCAAAGCCAUGCCAAAACGAAAAAAAACCACUAGUUAUACUUUAUAAUUCUUAAAGCUCACUUAGCCAAUGAAAACUAAUACGAAAAAGAAAAUUUAAAUUUCUUUGAUGUUCUUAUUAAACAUAUCCUAUAAAAUUUUUAACGAUAAUUUUAAUUGAGGUCCGCGGUCACAUGCAUUUUGAAUGUAAAUCCUUUGACGAAGAGCUGAUGUAACCUGAUUUUUACUGUAGAGAGAAAACUCAAUUUUUAGUUAGCUAUAAUCUGUUACUAUUUUGCAAAAAUUAAAUUUUUUUUGUGUUUUUGUUCGAAAAUGUCAAUGGAUUCAUCAAGCAAUAUGAUUUUUGGUGGUUUUUUUGUGGUUUGUUUGUUUCAUUGGUUUUUUUCCUUUAUAUCUCUUCAAGCACAAAACAAGCUAGAAAAAGGCAAUAGCCCAACGACAACUGAAAACAAUGAAAAAGAAAAAAAAUAUACUCCUAAAGAGGGGAGUUUUCUAAAAGAAAAUAAUAAAAUUAAUUUUGAAAAUUUAAGCAAGCAAAGUGUAAAUUUACGCAAACGAAACUUCUGUGAGCCUAUUAAUAUACAUGACAUGGAUCUCAAAACAUCCAACUCCGAAGUAUUACGCGACCAUUCGAAACGACAUUCUCCCGAUACCCCAAUGAUAAACAGAUGUGUAUCUCCAAAACAAAGUAACAAGCAAGAAGGAGAAAAAUAUUCGGAGGGUUUAAACGAAAAGCAAUUUAGUAAAAUGACCGCAGAUUCAGUAUUUUCUCGAAACCAAAAGUAUAAAAUAAAUAUCCAUGACAAUGCAAACCUUUUUAUUUCUAAGGAUAAUUAUUUUACUAAUUCUAGCAUAUUAAAAAACAGUUUUAUAGAUAAUACGAUGAAGGAAGAAACUAUUGGUUCGUUGCAAAAUAUUGCAGCACCCGCACUAGAUAAGGUUGAUAACGAUUUUGAAACAAUAACCGACACUAUUAAAAAAAACGUUGAGUUUACAAAUCAUGGUUCAGUUUUGAAUCAAUCAACCGAGACCGCAGAGGAAGUACAACUAGAAAGUACAAUUUCUCUCCAUUCAAAUAAGCUAAAGGAUACUCAGCAAGUUUUGAAAGGGUUGGAAAAUAUAAAGAGGCCUCCCUACCACUCAACUUCACUUAAUAGUAGUGAGGAAUCUUUGAACGAUUUAACUGAUGAAGAUAUCAACAAAACAAGAUCAUCAAAUCAUUCGCUUGAUGAUUCUAAUGAAAAGCUAAUGGAUCCGAAUAAAAAAAUUGAAAAAAGUCUCAAUACCGAUAUAAGUUACGUAAGCUCAUUUACUAAUAAAAGGGAAAUAUCAAAAAAAACAUUUGGUGGUACUUUCAAUGAUAAUUUACUUAAUUCCUAUUUUUCUGGAAAUAAAACGCUAGAUAACCAUGACGAACUAAUAGAUACAAUUGAAUUAGCUCAGCAACCUCUUCCGCCUAGUAGUUUUGUCUCUCAUAAUGCUACUGAUUCAUAUGUUCAUGAGACCCAUGUUAAAUGUGUAAUAACUAACGAAGAAGGCGUGAAAAAAACUACCACAAAUGAAGUAACGGUUAACGUUACAACCAACAAGGACGAAACAUCAAUGAGUGCUGUAACAAUAACUGAUGAAAAAACGGACAAAGUUACGGUGGUAAAUGAUAUAGAACCCGUCAAAGUUGUAAAAAUAUCUAAAUCAAGAACUGUUGAACGUGUAGCCGAAAAUGAUGAUUAUGGUGUGAAGGUUGAAAUUUCAAAAGAUAAGAGAAGCGUCGAACGUUUAGAAGACAAUAAUGAGGAGGUUGUGAAAGUUAAAACUGUAACAUAUGAGAAAACAGUAAAUAUUACUGCAACAAGUGUUCCCGUUCAGCGUUGCGUGACGACAUCCGUAGAUGAAUUUGACAAUAGUGUGUUCGCAUCUGAAAGCAUUUCUCGGUCUGAGCUUUCUGAUUCUGGUACAAGUUAUCAAGUCGCAACAGAUCAAGAUGUUAGUGAGAUACCGAUAAACAAUAUUGAAUCUCCUGAACCUGUUUCUCAAAAUCUGGAGGAAAGGACGCAAUCAAAAGAGUGCAUUGGUACAUUCUGUGAUAAGCAUCCAGAAUUUGAAUGUUUUGCGAGAGACAAAAACUUUGACGACAAGUUUACAAAUUGUUUUUCUCGUGGUCAAACAAGACAUCCUAAUGUUGGUACAUUUGAUUUAGUGUAUGAAGCCGAAAUAGGAGAUGAGAAUACCUACAAAAAUAUAAAGAUCUGCGAAGAAACGACUGGCUCUGUUGGAGGAUAUGUUGACCAGGAAGUAGAAGGAAACAUGUCAACUAAAAUUCAAGAUAUUUCAAUGCAGAGUAAAGUCACUCCAAUCACUUCCAAUAAUAAUGACGAUGAUACUUCCAUUCUAAAACCUUCAAAGAAUUUCACUUUUUCAGAAGAUGAAAAAAAUUUGGAUAGUACAGAAAACCAUUAUCCAUUCAACUCAAUUUUAAGUGAGUCAGUUAUGAAAAUGGUUGAUGUCUCAAAUGACGCCCAAGGAAGCAUAAAGGAACAUAGUCCAAAAAAGAUAAGGUGUGAUCAUGAUUCAAAAGGCCAACUCCGAAUGAAUAGCGACGAUGAUUCAUGGACCAUUUCACAGACAGAGAAACACACAGGUACAAACGUCGCAAUGAAUACAAAGCACAGGAACCCCGAAGAAUCAAAAAUUUGCCACAACUCCACAAGCUUAUUCGACUCUGUACAGAAGAAUACCAUCGAAUUAUCACAACCGCUAUCAACUGGCGAUAGCCACGAGAAUUCACCAAGCCCUGAUAACUCAUCAAGAAUAAAGAAUGAUACUCAAGUCCUACAGGAUAUAUCUCAAAAUACUUCUGAUGCGCAAAAUAUGAAAAAAGAUAGUAAAGAUGAAGAGGAGGAAUCUGUACAGUUAUUGCAUAGAAUAAAAAAACGUGCGAUUAAGCGGUUGAAUAGAGUUAUGUCGUCUACACAGGAGGAGACAAAUGACCCAAAAUCAAAGAAUUCUUCUUUUAAUCAUUUUUCUUUGGACGACGAAAGCACUGAAAGUUUUGACACAGAAGAGCAUGAUGAAGAUGAUACAGGCAACAAUGACUUUUAUUUCAAGGAAGAUGUACAUUUAGCAAAAAACUUAAAAACCGAAGGCAACGAACUUUUAAAGGAUCAAGCGUACCGAGAAGCUGCAAUUAAAUAUACAGAAGCAUUAAAAUAUAGUGGUGGGCUUGAAUUUUCAGGAAUUCUUCUUUGUAAUCGGGCAGCUUGUUAUCUAUUACUUAAAUAUUAUAAGCAAGUCAUUAAGGAUUGUAACGAUGGAUUGUUGCUGUUUCCGUCUUAUGUUAAACUUUAUUUACGACGAUUUCGUGCUUAUGAAGGUUUAAAAAAGUGGCAUGAAGCAUUAGCCGAUUUAGAUAAGGUCUUGGAAUUGAAUCCAUCACUUUCCGAUCUAUACAAAGAUUUACAUGGUAAAAUAAAAAACUUAUCUGAGUUACAAUUUGAAAAGGAGAAAGAAGAAAUGAUUAAUAAUUUGAAGGGUUUCGGUAAUUGGGCUUUAGGCAAAAUUGGAUUGUCUAUUGACAAUUUUAAAAUUGACAAAAACGAAGCUACUGGAGCUUAUAAUGUCUCGUUUCAAAAUUCCACCAGUUAAAAUAUUUUAAAAAAUUAACAUUCUUUUUUCUUUGUUAAUACAUUUAUCCUUUUCGUUUCACGCGGCGUCGUUGGAACUUCAUAAAUGAAGCGAGCGGUCUUUAUGUUUUAUUAAAAUAAAAUGGUAGUUUACUAUAAACGUUAACUUAUCGUGAA